AUGGACUGGACCAAGGGUAUCAUGCCCCUGCACCAGGUGCACAAACCUCCUUUCACUGUCGAGUCGCCCGGCUACGAACGCGUCGACGGCGAGACUCUCCCCCGCCGCCACUGGAAGGCCAAGGAUGGGUUACGAACGCAACCUCAUCCCGACAUUCGUACAGUCUACGACAUUGUCAAGCGGAGUGCGCAAGUCUACGCCAACGAACCCGCUGUCGGUACCCGUAAGCUCGUGCAUCUUCACAAGGAGAAGAAGAAGGUGCCCAAGAACGUCGAUGGGCAGGUCAUAGAGGUCGAGAAGGAGUGGCAGUUCUUCGAGCUGUCCAGGUACUCAUACCUGACCUACGCCGAUCUUCUCACCUACAUCAACCAAAUUGGCUCGGGCCUCCGCAAGUUGGGUCUGAGCAAAGGCAGCAGAGUCCACCUGUUUGCGACCACGACUGCCAACUGGAUGGCCAUGUCCCACGCCUGCGGCUCGCAGUCCAUUUCCAUUGUCACCGCUUACGACACCCUUGGCGCCAGCGGUGUCGAGCACUCGCUCCUCCAAUCGGACGCUGAGGCCAUGUAUAUUGACCCUCAGCUCCUCAAGACGGCAGCCGGAGCUUUGAAGAAGGCCGACAAGGUCAAGUUUGUCGUCUACAACAACAACUCCCUCUUUUCGGAUGGCACCGAGGUCGACGCCUUCAGGAAGGCGAACCCCGACAUCAAGCUCAUCAGCAUCGAAGAAGUGCGCGCAUUGGGCGAGGAGAACCCCGUCGACACCGUCGAGCCCAAGCCUGAUGAACUGUUUUGCAUCAUGUAUACCUCCGGUUCCACUGGCCCGCCCAAGGGCGUGCCCAUGACACACGGAGGUACCGUGGCGGCGAUCACUGGCCUCUACACCUGCGUCGAAGAAUGUGUUAGCCACAGGGAGUACGUCCUGGCAUAUUUACCUCUGGCCCACAUCUUUGAGCUCGUUCUCGAGAAUCUUGUUCUCUUUGCCGGUGGCACCCUGGGCUAUGGCAACCCUAGAACCCUCUCCGACACUUCGGUCAAGAACUGCGCUGGUGACAUGCGCGAAUUUCGGCCGACGGCCCUGGUCGGCGUGCCCCAGGUCUGGGAGACGGUGAAGAAGGGCAUUAUGGCCAAGGUCAACAGUUCUGGUCCUCUCAUCAAGGCCCUCUUCUGGAGCGCCUUCAACUACAAGACCUUCAUGGUCAAGCAUGGCCUCCCAGGCGCUACUCUUUUUGACAACAUCGUCUUCAAGAAGGUGCGUGACAUGACGGGUGGCCGUCUUCGCUUCAUUAUGAACGGCGCGAGCGGCAUCUCGGACGGGACGAAGCACUUCCUCUCCAUGACUGUGGCCCCUAUGUUGACUGGCUAUGGUCUGACCGAGACGGCUGCCAACGGUGCCCUUGGCGACCCCCUCGAGUACACAUCUACUAGUAUUGGAUCUAUCCCUGCUGCCGUCGACCUCAAGCUCGUCUCCAUCCCAGACCUCAACUACUACGCCGACUCGAACCCGCCUCAGGGCGAAAUCUGGAUCAAGGGUCUGCCUGUGCUGAAAGAGUACUACAUGAACCCGGAGGAGACGGCCAAGGCCAUCACCAAGGAUGGCUGGUUUAAGACGGGUGACAUUGGAGAAUUCGACUCUGUCGGCCAUGUGCGCGUUAUCGACCGCGUCAAGAACCUCGUCAAGAUGCAAGGAGGAGAGUACAUCGCUCUCGAGAAACUCGAGACUGUCUACCGCGGCAGCCCCUUUGUAGCCAACCUCAUGGUUUACGGAGACGGCGAGCACUCUCGUGCCAUUGCCGUCAUCGCCCCCAACGAAAAGGCUCUUGCCGAAGAGGCGCAGAAGCUUGGCGUCGACGAGCACAGCAUGCACACUCAUAAGAAGGUUGUUGAUGCCGUGCACAAGGACCUCGUGGCGCUCGGCCGAAAGGCUGGUCUGACGGGCCUUGAGAUCAUCGGCGGUGUCGUCCUGACUGAAGAGGAAUGGACCCCGGACAGCGGCCUCGUCACCGCCACCCAAAAGGUCAACAGGAGAGUCAUCAGGGAAAAGUACAAGUCUCAGAUGGAAAAGGCCUUCACCGACUAA